UAGGAUAGGUGUGUAACCGAGGGGUUACACUUGCGAAUCUUCAAAGUUCUCACAUAAAAUAGUACGUUUUUUAAAUAAUUAUGGAGCCGUAUGAUGUGAUAAUUAAUCAGCCUGUGGUUAUCGAUAACGGUUCCGGUGUAAUCAAAGCAGGAUUCGCGGGUGAUCAAAUACCAAAAUGCAGAUUUCCAAACUAUAUUGGCAGACCCAAGCAUGUGCGUGUUAUGGCUGGUGCUUUGGAAGGCGAUCUGUUUGUGGGUCCAGUAGCAGAAGAGCACCGUGGCCUUUUAUCUCUCCAUUAUCCAAUGGAACAUGGAGUUGUUACAGAUUGGAAUGACAUGGAGAGAAUCUGGUCUUAUGUGUAUGGUAAAGACCAGUUGGCUACAUUUUGUGAAGAACAUCCAGUUCUAUUAACAGAAGCACCUCUUAAUCCAAGAAAAAAUCGUGAAAAGGCAGCAGAAAUAUUUUUUGACACAUUCAAUGUUCCAGCUUUAUUUAUUUCGAUGCAAGCAGUACUUAGUCUAUAUGCCACAGGGCGAACAACAGGUGUUGUUUUAGAUUCUGGUGAUGGUGUUACACACGCAGUACCUAUCUAUGAAGGUUUUGCCAUACCUCAUAGUAUUAUGAGGGUAGAUAUAGCAGGACGUGAUGUUACAAGACAUCUUCGACUUCUUCUACGUAAAGAGGGUACUAAUUUCAAAACAACAGCCGAAUUUGAAAUUGUUAGGACAAUUAAAGAACGAGCAUGCUACCUUGCCAGUAAUCCUCAAAAAGAAGAAACAAUUGAAACAGAGAAAUUUCAAUAUGUGCUGCCUGAUGGAAGUUACUUGAAGAUUGGUCGAGCUCAGUUUAGAGCACCUGAAGUACUGUUCAGACCAGAUCUGAUUGGUGAGGAAUGUGAGGGACUUCAUGAAGUAUUAACAUACUCCAUACAAAAAUCUGAUUUAGAUUUGAGGAAGGUCUUGUUCCAGAAUAUUGUCUUAUCAGGAGGAUCAACAUUAUUCCGCGGGUUCGGUGAUAGAUUGUUGUCUGAAAUCCGUAAGACGGCACCAAAGGAUGUAAAAAUUAGGAUAUCAGCGCCUCAAGAACGAUUGUACAGCACUUGGAUCGGUGGAUCCAUUCUAGCUUCCUUAGAUACAUUUAAAAAGAUGUGGGUUAGUAAAAGAGAAUACGAAGAAUGUGGUACAAGAGCAAUUCAUCGUAAAACAUUCUGAAUUUAAUUUAGAAAGAUUCAAGAUUUCAAUGACAAAUAAAUUAAGUACAACACAUAAGUAAUGGCACACUCGGCACAACGAUUGACAUGUACCGUGUUAACAGUGCUCUUUGAAUGCUUUCAAUAUCGCAAUGUUUCUAAAAGUUUAUUUCAAACUUUUUUUUCUUUUGAAUGAAACUAUACUCCAAGGGAUCACAAAAUACGCAUACAGAUACUCUUGUAUUAAAGAAUACGAUACUGAAAAACCGUAAUAUGAUUUCUUGUAUAUCAUAGUGGUUUGAAAAAUUUCAAUAUCCGAACAUCUCUUCAAUCACAAUUAUAUAUAGAAUAAAAUUUUUAUUUCGUUUUCACCAAAUAUCUAUUUCUUAUGGUUACUUGGGAAUGUACAUAGAAAAAGAUAUCCAAAGUUGAAUGCACUUAACUAAGCGAAACUAAAUACUAAAUCAGAGCUAGGCAACUGCUGUUCCAAGAACAGAAUUCCCCCUUCCCGGUUAUCUCCACUAUGUUUCUCCGGUGACUCGCUCGUUUUGUGGCAGGAAAACUAUUGGUGGGGGUGGGAACACUUGAGCGAACCACCGGAGGACCAUUGUAGGGAUAAACCGGGACGGGGAAUUCUGCUCUCAGAGUUCAGUUGCAGUCAGUUACAGUUGCCCAGCUCAGUACUAAAAUCCAUAAAUGUCAAAUUCUUUAUUUUUAAAAUACCUACCAACUCCACAAGUUAUAUAUGUAUUUAUGUUUUUUUAUACUAUUUAUAGUUUUAUUGUAUUGAAUAUAAUAGAGCAAACAGCUUUUA